AAUCCUCAAGCCCCAGUCUUACAAGUCACCUCAGCGUACUUAUCUUCCACAAUGGCUGAAUACACCCCCCUCACCAACAACGUUACCAUCCAGGGUAUCGACGGGAAAUAUUUGAAAGUCGUUGGCGAUGGCCUUGAGUUCACCGACCAGACAUAUGACCCCAACGCCAAAUUCUCCGUUGAAGCAGCCACCGGUGGAAACAUCUUAAUAGGUGCCAAUGGAAAAUAUGUCAGGAUGUACGACACCCCGAACUUCGACAUCAAGUGCAACGCGUUGAACAGUUCCGAUGGUGUCAUUCUCGGAACUGUCUUCGUCGGCGAUGGUUUGGUGAACUUCACCAUUACCGAGCAAGGCUCCUUGAGUCAGCAAACUGUGUUCUUGUCCAGCCUGGCUGGUACUAAGAGCUACAGUCAGUCCCUCAGGGCUAACGUUUUCGAGGAUGUCACUUGCCGUUUCACGAUUACGAACGUGUAGAUGAGAGAAUAUCGAUGGGCUUGACAUGAAAUGGCCAAUGUUAUAGUGUAGGAUACUGUAGAGAUAGUUGGUUGAUGAUCGGUUUGUUUGAUGAAGAUUUGUAGCGAGUCGGAAUGGUCAAUUAGUGUGUAUGUUUCCGCGUUGAUUCUGUGAAAAAUGACUUCAAUUGGUCUUGGCU